CCUAUAAAUAACAUUUUGAAAUAGACUGCAACAGGGCUGCUGCCAAGAGGGAGUAGGUUGGACGACAUCCCCUCCACACCACCAGUCUCGUAGCCGCGUCUGGGCGGGCCGUCGUCUAACAUUGGGAAUCCUCGUUGACAUUAAUUAAAAGGUUAACUCUGCCGACAAAAUAGUUAGUUAAAGAGUGGAGUGAGGCAUAGUAAAAGUUAUCAGCUACUGAAACUAGUCGCAGUUCGUGUAAGUGUCACUUUACAUCUUUGCCGAAUUUAACCUAAUACAGUGUGCUAUUGUACUCGGUGGCUGCUUUGUUUACAAUCACUGAAUUCGAGCUCUAAUAUUUCUUUCAGUUACUGACCAAUCAUGAAUCUGGCAGCGGAAGCGGGCCUCUUAAAUGGAGGCUUGCCUGAAGUAUGUUAUCCACCAUCUGUUGUGGGACUCACUGUUGAAACAAAUGGAAUUGCUAAGUCUCAGUCACCUGUAACAGAAUUUAUUGCCGACGAGGAAGCAGCGUCUGUUUGUCCCUUAUUAUCUCCAUCUCCUCCAACAGACUUUGAACAUCCUUUAGCAUUACCUUCAGUCAUGGGUUACGAUCAUCAAAUCAGUCCUUCAAGCACAGAUCCUGAAUUGUCUGCUUUACCAACUGUUAAUGGAAAUGCCAUUACUAAUUUAGAUGUUGACAGACAUUCAACUGGGGGGGCUCCUGAGGGAUUCAAUCCUACUAGUAGUGUACAGAGUAUGAUUGAGUCAUCAUCAUCAUCUGGUAGUUCAGUUUUACAUGAAUCUGCAGCAUGUGCUCAACUGUUAAGUAACCAUCAUUAUCAACAUCUUACUAAGGCUAGUGAUGGAGAUCCUUUUACCCUACAGGAAAAUGGAGGUAAACCUGUUUUGACUGGCAUUCAGUUAGCUGUUCGCAAGUCAACUGAUGACCAUUGCUUUCUGGAUUGGAACUGGCCAUUGAUACGAAAAAUUAGUUUUUGGACUGUUAUAUCAUUACUAAUGGCAUGUAUGUGUGUAGUAGUAGGUAUGGUUGCUCAAUUACCAUCUCGCUGUGAUCCUCCUCAUGCUUGGUGGCAAGGUACUCUCUUCUAUGAAAUCUUCCCAGCCUCAUUUCAGGAUAAAAAUUCUGAUGGCAUUGGAGACUUAAUUGGCCUAUCAAGUCGAGCAAAUUAUUUGGAAGCACUGGGUGUAAAAGCUGUUCGUCUGAACUCUAUCUUUGCAUCUGAUGAUUAUCCUGAUCAUUUUGACCAUGUUAAAAAUUUGAUGAAAGUGGAUCAUCAUUUGGGGACUAUAAAAGACUUUCAAAAAAUGGUGGGAAUUCUUCAUGAUCGGAAUAUUUCUGUUAUUCUUGAUCUUCCAUUGAAGCUCUUUAAAGAACAAUUAGGAAAUGAAGAACUUGUUAUAUCCCUCCCUCGGAGAGACAAUAGAGUUUUAAAUGAUGAAGAUUUCAAAGAGAAUCCAGAGAAUAAGGAUAAAUUAAAUACAUAUCCAACUCUGGCUUCUGAUUCAGUAACAGAAUCUCCAUAUAGAGAAGAAAGGGUUCCUCCAAACAUGAUAUCGGAAGCUUUACAGUUCUGGUUAAAUAUGGAGGUUGAUGGAUUUUAUCUGAAAGAUUUGGAACAUAUAACAUUUCAUUCUAGUUUUGCUCCUUAUGUUCGUGAAUGGAGAAAAAUUAUUGACAACUAUAGCCAAGGAAUGCAGAGUCAAAAAAUUCUGAUGUGUAACAUAAAUGUUUUAAAUUCACUUAAUGUAGAAGAUGAUCUAGAGAAGAUAAAUGUAGUUUUAAAUCACAUGGAUUUAGUGGAUGUCCACUUGGAUUUGUAUAGCAAUGGAACCGAAGGAAUAAAACGAUCUGUUAAUAACUUACUAAAAGGCUUAUUGUAUGAGAAGCCUGGGUAUCCUUGGAUACACUGGAAUGUUGGCAGUGUGGAAACUCAUCGUCUUGCUGCAGUAAGUGGCUCUGCUGAGGGCAAUUUAGCUGCAGUGCUCUUUAAUAUGAUGCUUCCAGGAACUCCAUCUAUUUUUUAUGGAGAUGAAAUUGGGCUUCAAGAUUAUUUUGUUCCUGAUGGAGAGCAUCGUGAAAUUCACCACCCUUCGCAAUUGGCACCAAUGCAUUGGAAUUCAAAUGAACAUGGUUUUGGUUUUACAUCCACUGGAAUUUUUCCUUGGAUAAAUCCCUCUCAGUCACUUGGAUCAGUUGUAGGGAGCCGUAAGGACAUUAUCCGCAACGUAGCCAUGUUCAGAGAGAGCUCUCCAUCUAUUUAUAUGAAUGGUAUUGUGAAAGAGGGUAUGAAGACCCCAAAUUGUGAAAUCAGAGUUUUGGAUUCUGAUAUUGUGGUUAUUCAGCGUUGGUACCCACGCCGACAUUCGUAUGUUAUGGUUACAAACCUGGGAGGACAUACUCGCACUCGCGAUCUAUCAUCAUGGUUGUAUGGAGGUGAGAUUGUUGUUGAUCAACGUAGUCGCACUGGACAAUAUGUGAAGUUUGAUUCACUUACACUUAAUGCCCAAGAAUCUCUUAUUGUUAAGUUGGACAAAUGAAUUGCUUUAAUAUCUGUAUGUAUGUAUAUAUGUAUGUGUGUGUUUUGUUUAUAUAUGAAAAUAAUGUGCCAUAUAUAAUGAAUUGUCAUAAGUUGUUCAAUGUAUUUGAUAAUUUUUGAGAGCAUGUUUAUGUAUGCUUUAUACAAAAUAUAUAUAUGUAUGUUGUCAUCCAGCUAUUUUCCAUCACUGGAAGUUUGAAAAUUGUCAUGUGUGCAAUUAAUAUUAUAUAAAUCAUGCAGAAGUGAUUACAGUUACUGGGAUCUCCUGUGUUUGAUUGUCUUUACAAGAAAUAGAGGUGUUUUGUGCCAUCAAUUAAAUUAAAAGUUAAGUAUUUUUUCACUUCAAAAUUUGUGUACAAAAUGUUUUGAAUUUUGAGCACCAGAACACGAUAGCACAAAGAAAGUAAAUAAUAUCAUUAAAAUAUAAAGUCGUAACAUUUGUCAAACAUUCAGUCGUUUUUGAAUCAAAUAUCACUCCAUUCAAGAUAAUGGAAGAAACAGUGGUCUCAAGAUAGUAUUUUCUUCCUCAAUAUAAUGUAUAAUAUGAGAGCACAAAAUUUUCAGAGAAACUAUUAAUUUAUGUUACUUUACUGCAGCUCUUUGGAACUUGCUCAGGUGUUGAGUGUGUGCAAAUGAGUGUUGCUGUUCAAUUGUGAUGAAAAUGUUAGUAUGUAUAUUAAAUUGAAGUAUCAUAUAAUUGUUCCAAUUUUCUUAUUUAAUAAAAUCUUGUUGAGUUCGAUUGCUUUUUUUCAUGAAAGUAUUACUUCUAUUCUUUAAUUGGUUGAUAUGGAAUUAUUAAAAAUGUUCAUUAAUUUUAAUUAUAUUAUUUUAUUCGAAACAACAUACUUCAUUUUUAUUUGUCUUUCUUUUCUCCCACAUCAUUUACUAGAAUGAAGAUGGAUAAGAGAACAAAUGAAUUUUAUUUGCAUUAUUAACUGCUUUGAAAAUUUUGAAGCUGCUUAAAAUUUUGUUUGAUGUUUAAGGAGUUAAACAGAUAAUACUAAAACAGUUAUGCUUUCUAUUAUUAUCAUUUUUACUGGUUGAGUAGUUGUACUUUUCUCUGCACUGUUCAUGUUUUCUGUAAUACAACCUUCUAACAUAAUCAUUACAACCAAGUGUCUCAAAACUGAUUAAAUUCCCAUUCUGCACUAAUAAUUAUUUGUGUGAAAACAAUGGAAUUUUUAAAACAAGGAAACUUUUCUGUUUUUUUAUCUGAUGGAACAUUUUGAUGGAUGACUAUACACCGCACAUUUGUUGUUCAUUCAUUUCAGUUGUACACAAAAGGAUUCAUAUUAAUUAAAUCAAACUCCUCUUAUUUUAUUUCAAUUUAAAAUCAGUGUAUUCUCCAUUGACGGUUAUCACUCAAAUACACAGAAUUUGUAGGGGAACUUGUAUGCAAGGUUCAAGAUGAAUUGUAUUUACAUUUACCCUAGUGCUUUUCCUGCCAUUCUUUUUUUUUCUUUCUUUCUUUCACAUGAAAGUGGGAGACAAAAACAUUCUUUUGUAUUUUAAUUUACCAUUAUUUCUCUGAAUUCUUUACUAAAAGCUGAAUUCUUUAUAAGAUAAGACUGAUGGCAUAUGUACAGAAACAACCUCUAGAUCUGUAAUUGUAUGUUUGAACUUGAACGUUAGGAUUAAUACUAGCAUGUUUUCCUGAGUCAACUUGGUGUUUCUAUUGAUGUCUUUCAUUAUUAUAGAUAAUUGUAUGUCAAAUAACAGAGCAGUGAUUUUGAAGUUCACGAAUAAAAUAAUUAAAUGCCUCGUUAAACAGUAUUUUUAAGGAGCUGUGAAAUAAUUUUGCAUGUUAAUUUGUUUACUGUUUUGCUACAGUUGUAAAAGCUUAUUGUGCAAACUCUUGGAUAAAUGAAAAGCAUUUUACUAAAGACUGGAAACUAAAGAAAUUGUGCAUAGAUUGUAAUAAUGUGGGGAGAAAGAAAGCAUGUUCGUGAUGACAAAAAGUUAAAUUUUUUAACAUAUAUUGUUUAUUCAUUACUUAUGAAUGUUGAUAGGCUUGAUAGCGUAACAAAACUAUGCUUGUUUUCAUGAAGUUUAAGGUAGAAUUUAUUGUCACUUGGUUUUUUAAGCUGAUGAUCUUGAAGAUUGACCAUGAGGAUGUGUAUUUGUUUAAAAUUAAUAAAUUUUAUCUUGUUAUGAUUUUAGAGAAUGUGGCCAAAGUUAUUAUUUGUCAGGUUAACGAAUUAUGACUUAAAAACAGUUUUGAACUGAAAGUUUAUAAAUAUUGUCUUAAAUUUUUCUUUAAUAUUUGUUUUUUGUUUAUUAUUUAUUAAUAACAUAUAUUAUAUUUCAAUAUCAAGCUGAUUAAUUGUUUGAAGUAUCUACAAUGAAAAGUGUUUUCUUGUAUCAAUUUCACCUGAGCAUACUAUUAAAUUUCAAAAAGUCAUAGCUGGAUGGCAUAGUCUUGUGAGUAUUCUAAUUUAUUUUGAAAAUUUAUCAAAAUUUUUUCAAAUAUUAUAUUUAAAGUACACUUAAUUUCCAGUUAUAUAAGUAGAUUUUUAAAGAUUUGAUGAAGAAAUACAAACUUCUGAAGCAAAGUGAUAAUACGAUUUAUUUAAAACAGGGUUUGCUGAAGUAAUCCAUUACAAUAGACUGAUACGAUCGGCUGAUGUUAUUUUUGGUGGUGUCAGUUCACCUACCAAAUAUUUCUAAUAACCUAAAUCAUAUGUUUUUAAAUGAUAAGCAUGAGAUCACAAAGAAAUGCAGUGAGAAUCCAUUGGAAUAGUUAGUUUUUAUUUAAUUUAAGAAUUACAUAAUUUUUAAAUUGUUCAUUCCCUUUUAUGACUAGCUUUAAUUAUUUUGAUUCUAAUGUGAUACUGGUUUUAGAUUUUUUAUAUACAUUUUAGGCUUUCAGAACAAGUGAAAUAGGUUUUAUAAGUUUUUAAUAAUGAAAUAAGGUAAGGGUAUAAUUUCAUGAUUUGGAUUAUCACAGUCCAAUUCAUUGAAAUGUUGCCUAUAUAUUGAUGAUUGUUUCAUAGAAUUACUAACAAAUUUGCUAGUUACAGACUAUAUUCCUCUAAAAGAAAAUUAUUUACUUAAAAUGCACAAUACAAAACCCAAAUCACAAAACAAUACAACAAAUGCAAAAAAAUAUACAGAUGAGAAGACAACAUUGUAGGAAGACUAUCACUUUAUCUAAUUGUGACUCUUCCAAACAUAUAAUAAACUUGCUAGCAUUGUAUUUCUGUCUCCUCAGAACUGUCUAUCAUUAUAGUGACUUCCACUUACAAGAUAAAAAUUUUACAGGUUACAAGUAAAAAUUGCCAAAACAGAGUAACAAUACAUUGUGAGAACAUUAAUAAAACUGAAUUCAAAAUAAUGAAAGAAAAAACACAUAGAGAAUAUUUAUUUUAUUUUCGUACCUGAUAAUAAGAUCAUAAAAGAUUCUGAAACAUUGUGUAUGAUGAUUAGUGUACAAUAAAUGACGAUACUGAGUUAUGCUCUGAUUACUAUGGAACCACAAGUAUAAGAGGAUAUAAUGAUUACCCUAAUUCUAUUUAAUUUUAUUAAUACAUAUUGUUUAAUUGUUUAGUGGUGGUAAUAUUUGAUUACUAUCUUUUGUUAAGAAAGUUUGUUUAAUCCUCACACUUGUUUUUUAAGUUUAUGUUUCAUACAUAUCUAAGAAAGGAUGCACUGUUGAAAGAAAUUAUUGAUAUAAAACAUUGUUUCUUUUGUGUAUAACCUCUUAGAAAAAUUGCUCAUUAGAUUGAAUAUAGGAACAAAAUUUGUAUACCCUUCAAGCAUUCUUUUGAAGUUGCAAACUUCACUCAUAUAACCCUCAGCCAAUAACUCUUUCCUGUUAAUACCUCUCACUGAUAUUGGUAUUUAGUUAAGACCACAGUUGUAAUCUGCUUAAAUGCAGUGUCAGGAAGCGAGGUUAAAAGAUUUGUUUAUCAUACUAGUUUUUAUGUAGUUUACUUGCAUUUUGUGUUGCUGAAGGCCUGUUCGACCCAUGUUAUAACAUGGUUGGAUGUUGUAAAAUAAAAUUAGUGUUUUCACUCAUUUUAAUUUAAAUUAGGUACACAACAUUAUCAUUACACAAGUAAUUGCAUGUAAACAACUUAAAGAUAACAAUUAGACAAGAAUAUGAACAAAAAUUUUGAAAAGCAUCGUACAUUAGAUGUAUGUUGUUUUUUUGUACUAAUAUCUUUAUUUUUUAUUUUUUUACAAUUAUUAAAAAAGUUUUCAGAAACAAAAUCACACAUUCUAAUUGUAUAAAGUUUCAAUUUUCACAACAUUUGUUCUAUUUCGUGUGAAUGUUGAGAAAUUCAAAAAAAAAGAAGUGAAUUUGUGAUUUAUGAUUAGUUUUUUUGCAGCUUUAUAUCACAAUAAUCAACUUCAUUAAUACAUUUUUUUAAUCAAUCAGAUAGUGAUUAUACCAAUCAGUUGCUAGUUUGGCCAUCAAUCCCCAAUCCAUCCUUUGAUCAUCAUUGACCUCAUUGAAAAUUUUAUCAAAACCAGACGAUCAAUACAGACUGUUGAGAACCUCUGGUCUAUACAAUCAGAUUUGUAUAGAUGUGAUUUAUUAUUCUUUGCUUAUUGAUUUCCUUCUCUAUUUCUUUGUCUAUAUUGUAAUCUAGUUUCAUCCCUUCUAUCAGACAUCCAUUUUAAAUACAUUUCUCUUUUUGCAUUAUCUUUUUCUUUUUUUUCUGAAUCUAUCCCAACAAUUAAAAAAAAAUGUUUUUAAUGACUAAUGCCUAAUUCCCUCCUCAGUAGCUUUAUAGAUGCACCCAUAUGUCAAUACUGAAGAUUAAACUAACAUUUCUCCUGAACAAUAAUAUUAUCCUCUCAAUUGAUGGAAAAUGUAUUUCUUUUAAGUUUAUUUCGUAAGAAAUUUUCUUAUGUGCAGUUCUAGCGAUUGUGGGGUUUUGAAAUAGUCUUGUAUGUAACUUGUUUAAUGCAGAAUGGCUUAUCUAGAGAUUUCGGGUGGACACAAAGAAAGAUGAAUAUAAACGAGAUAAAAGAUGAAUGUAUGUUACAUAAUGUGUUGUUGCAUUUUAACUAUAUUUUUGAGUUUAACUAUUUUAUAUAUUACAAUUAUUGUGUAUUGAUAAUUUAAUAUGUAACCUCAUAUUUUGUUAUUUAUUUAAUAAUUUUUUAACAUUACAUUAUGUAGAACUUGAAUAGCAUUUUUAAAAAUUCAACAUCAACUGUUUCUCAAAACAAAUUUUUUAUGUUGUUUUACUUUUCUCACCCUCAGUAUUUUCACUUUGCUUCUGAAGACUGUGAAUUAUUUUGUGACAUUUUUUCGUAUACAUAGAACUUUUGAUAUUCUACAUUUUUAAUAGGUUUGAGAGAGGUUAGACAUUGCACGUAGUUUUGAGGACAAAUGCUAUUACUAAAAUGUCUAUUUUUUUAUAAAUGUUCAGCAUUACUUGAACAUUAAUGUGAAAUGGACUGAACUAGUCUGUUCAUAAACUGACAGUUUUAUUGUUCUAUAUUAUCUUGUGAAGUAUAAUCAGACUAGUAUAUAAGAAUUUCACAUUUUGCAUGUCUAUGAAAAUUUGGGAAAUCUUCACAUACUUCAUAAACUAGAGAGAUCACAUGUUAUGUGCAUAAUUAUAGGAAUUCAAUGAAAACUUGGUUGACCUUUUAUUUAAACAAAUUAAAUUAACCUUUUUAUAUUGUAAUUAGAUGAGAAACCUUGGAUUUGUUUAUAAUCUGUAGUUCCAUGUACUGAGACCCAUGUUCGAUCAAUUUUUAUUAUUUUGUCAAUUUGUAAACUAGGUUUUUAACUUUUGUUGAGUUGUUUUUAUACCUCCUGAAAAGCAAAAAGUGAAAUUGUUACAUUUUAUUUUGUUAAAAGAACGAACCAUUUUCUCAUCGUUGUAACUCAUUCUGAUAUUAAUUCUUCAAGCUGGAAAUUCACUGUAUUCAUCUUUUAAGUUCAAAAAAUUAUUGAUUUAAAAACAUCUCUGAAAUAUAAUAAUUAGAAUGAAUAUCCAGAAUUACUUAUUGAAACUCUUAAUGAACAUUUAAAAAUUAAGGAAAUUCAGAAGAAAGGAACUGACUCUUUAAACUAACUUUUGAAAAGUUGAAUUCUUUGAAAGAGAGGGGUAAAAUGUAAUUUUUGAGGAAAUUUGUAGGGAUGGCAUACUUAAUGUGAAAAAUAUUUGAAAAUUUUUAAUGCAAUACUAAUCAUUUGACAAAAAAGUUUUGCAUUAUUUUCUUGCAUGUGUAAAUUUUGUCUUCAUUUAGCUUUAUAGUGUUAAAUAGAUCUUCCUUGUACUGUAUAAAUGUGUAUAUUUUGAAACUCAAAUAGCAUGGCAGGUGUGAAGACAUUUUAAUAUUGUAUUAAGGCAUUUCAUAACAAAGAACUACUUGAACAAUUCUUCUUCUUGAACAUCUGUAUAAAUAAAUAAGAUAGAUACUGUUGUAGACUAAUAUACAAUUUUCUUGUAGCAAGCAUAUUCAGUAAAAAUUUAUUUUAAGACUAUUUAUAAAUAAUUCUAAAAUAUUCUUAUUUAAAAGGUAGGUUUUAUUGGUUUGAAAACUUUGCAAAUUGAUAGUUUCUAUCAUGUGGAUUACAAAAAUUUAGAAUACAAAUUUUAGAAGUCUCGUCCUUUGCUUAGAGUGUAUAAUAUGUUACCAAAAAGAUAGAGACACAGAAAACAAACUUUCAAUGUUCUAAGAAAUGUGUGAAACCAUUCAUAACACCUUAAAAAAUAAAAGAAACAAGAAACUUGAAUAAAAAUAUACAAAACUAUGGCAAUUUCCAUGCUUGCAAAAGGUGAGUACUCACAAAGAGAACAGUGGAAAGGAUGCAGGCUUGUGAAAUGAGAUUUUUGUGCAAAAAUAGAGGGUGUUUAUGAGAGGGAAGUGUUAGAAAUGGAAAUAUAAGAAAAUAAUUAAAAUUGAAACCAAUAAACACUAGGAUACAAGAAUAUAGAGGCAAAUGGUUACAGCGUAUUGGGAGAAUGGAAGAUACCAAACUUGCAAAAGCAUCUAUCUACAAUG